AUGCGUCGCUCGUCUACUGUGAACACAACAGAAGAUCACGUGCUGAGAGGUCACACCAUUCACAAACAACAGACUUAUGACUUCCUGUCAUGCGCACAGCUAUGCUUGGCACGCAUAAUAUGCAUGUCGUUUAAUUACCAAAACAUCGAAAAUGGAGAUUGUGAACUAAAUAAAGAAGCAACUGAUGCGAGUAUCCAAGGAGCUCUCACCACUCAAAGAGGGUAUACCUUUGGACAGUUUGUCAACUUAAGCGUGAGUAGUACUUAACGCUAUUAUUAAAUUCAACCCUCGUUUUGGGAUUUCUGUUUUUGAUUCCCUCCAACCCCACCCCAACCCCCAAAAAAAAACAAAAUUACCAAAACAUCGAAAAUGGAGUUUGCGAGUUGGACAGAGAAGUUUCACAUGCAAGCAUUGUAGUCGCACUCACCGCUCGAAGAGGGUAUACUUUUGGACAGUUCGUGGACACAACUUAAAAAAAAAUUCAUUAACUUCACUGUUUAAUACAUUCUUUUGUCAGCCAGACUCGGUUGAAAUAAGUUUUCUUAACAAAGAAAUGAAUACGGAACUCUAUUAAAACACAUCAAACUGUUCAUCAUAUCUUUCAUAUGUCAAACCUGACUGUGCAGCAUCUUCUUUAUAUGACACUUUGCUAGUCAGCAAUAUAACUUAAAAUGGGCACGCCCGAUUAAGUACAUCACCCUCCCUUAAAACUUAGCCUCAACACCUUGAUGGUGUUUAGCAAAAGAAAUGAAUAAGAAACAUGAUCUUAAUGCCUCGAUUUUUUUCAGAACGUACAAACGUUUCGCUCUUUGGGCUUAUUGGUUUUAUGCCACAUCGACCCUCUCCCCCUCCCCUUCAAAAAAACCUAAGUUGCUCUUCCACGCAAGUAGAGAAAAGAAAGUACAUUGCAAGCCUAACGUUUCAAAAAGAUAUUACAAAUAUACAUGGUCCUUUCUAUAUCUACAUUCUUUCACAAGCAAGUUGAAAUUUAUAUUCACAGUUGAUGCACAUGCAGAUAGGGUGUGGAGCUUGAGCGAGGAGCUCUGGGACUUAUUCCCCCCCAAAAAGGGAGUAAAAGUUCUCAGGAGUAGCAAUUUUUGUGAGCAAAGUUAAUUUGAACAAUACGUUCAAAAAAUGAGAAAGUACAAGAGCCUAGCUUAGGCAAAUUCACAAAUUAUAGCACACGUCCUCUAUAAAUGGUAUACGGUCUCGUCGCAUAUGCUAUCUGAAAACUUUAAAAGGAAUAGCUGUAUAGAAGUAAGAAAAUAACAAGUACAGAUUUAGCAUUGUACUCCUAGCGUUGGACAUUUCUUUAGUCUACAAAUUGACCUGGACUUCCUUGUUCAUUUUAGGGGCCUGAUAUUUCAGCCGGCGGAGAACGAAAUGGUGAGUUAACAGACAAGCAGAUGAUGGUUUACUUGGUCCCAGUUGUUUAGUAGUAAUUAGAUUGACCUCCUUUAACUCUUCCUUUGUCCUAGACACGUUAGUGAUUAUUCACCUUUUCUCUAAUUACUUCAGACCAUAAAUACGUCUUUACGACACUGGGUGCCAGAGGAGAAACUGGACCGACUGAUAUAUAUGGAUAUGCUGGAACGUCCCUGGAAGGAAAAGUUACUUUAAACAACGGAAUCCAAAUUUGGACAGUACCUGUGACUGGAACUUACCUUAUUGAAGCAACAGGUGGUUCUGGAGGAAAUGGUACAGAUGGAACACAAUCUUAUCCGCUUUCUUGGACGCUUGGUGGCUUAGGCGCAAAGAUAAUAGGAUCCUUCAAACUUUCCCGGGGAAGUCAAAUUAAAAUCCUAAUCGGACAGGAGGGUGGUGCAACUAUGGACUACACAGAUAGACCAGGGGGAGGGGGUGGUGGAACGUUUGUAACCCUGUCCGAUGACACUCCACUUAUAAUUGCCGGUGGAGGAGGAGGAGGAGGAACAGCACGUAACCAAUUUACCGACGGUGACCCAGGUCAGGCGACAGCGAAUGGGACUCAGUGUGGAGGAGCAGGGGGCAGUGGGGGACAAGUCUGCAAUGCUGACACGGGGAACAGCGAUUCUAGUUUAAUGGCCAGCGGAGGAUCAGGAUUAACAGGGGAUGGGAAAAGCGGUAUUGGAAUUGUAACAGGAUCGUUGAGUUUCUCUAACGGGGGAACUGGGGGAACAUGUCCGACUUCCCGUGGUGGUUUUGGCGGGGGUGGGGCUUCCAUGGUACUUGGAGGGGGAGGGGGUGGUUAUUCUGGUGGGGGAGUAGUGGGAACUCUAACUAAAGGUACCGCUGGGGGAGGGGGAUCAUAUAAUGCUGGUACAGAUCAGAAGAACAUGGCGGGGGUCAACAAAGGCGAUGGUGAAGUUAUAAUAACUUUGAUACGUUAAUGUUAUUUACGUUCCUCGUCAGAGUUCCAACCCAAAGAAAAUGGGGCUAGCUUAAUGUUCAAGUAGAUCAAAGAACUUAUGUUAGGACGGUAAGACAGGAAUUAGAGUUGGAAAAAUUCAAUAAUGCUCGUAAGUGUCACUUAAUCUUCCUGUACUUUAAUGAAGAAAAAUACAUGUUACUUUCAACCUAUUCUUCGUCUAAAACAACUGUAAUUUUAUCAACCCUUUGGUGAAAUAUAGUCUUUCAACUUGCGCAUCAUGUUUCACAAUACGACGAGUUCUAUGGUCAUUAACGCCUGUAUUAUUGCUGUCCGUUAUGUUACGUAUUUUAUUCCCAAGAUUUCAGUACUCAUAGUUUGCCUAGACAAAGAAAUUGACGAUGGCUUCACAUUUCUCCUGUUUGCCAGAUAUAAGCUCUGGUUCCUCGUGUUCCAAGAUGCGCAAGAUGUAAGCCUAGAGGAACAGGAUUAAGAGGAGAUGGGAAAGCGAUAGUGGAAUUGUAACAAGAUCGUUGAGUUUCCAACGGGGGGACUGGGGGAACAUGUCCGGCUUCCCCUGGGUGUUUUGGCGGGGUUGUGGCUACCAUUGUACUUCGGGGGCGGGGGCGGUUUUUCCGGUGGGGGAGCAGAACAUAGCGGGUGUUAAUAAAGGCGAUGGUAAAGUUACAGUAACUUUGAAACAUUAAACUUAAAAAAGACUCUUCCUCAGUAGCAAGGUAGUCUCUCAUUGAUGUAAAUAUACGUAGCCCUUUUCUAGCAGCAUAUCCAUUGUCUCUCUAUUCACCAGUAGACUGUACCUGCGAAACCGAAACAAAAACUGCUUUACGCUUCAUGUUUGUAGCUUUAGCAAGGCGUAAUUUAAAUAAUCAAACCAAAAAUGCCAUUUUGGACUCAUUACCUAGACGGCAUACUUUUAUCCCUCCCCCCUAACGAUAAUCAAGGUGGUGCGAUUUCAAGUACAUUCAUGAGUUUUAAAAGUAAUCUCAUUUAAUCAGGUUUUGUAGAUUAGUUUUAAGCACACAUAAUGACUAAACGUAAAACAAAUCUCAGAGAAAUGAAUAAAGUAGUAAGUUUCUAAAGAAAGUCUCUGAGGCAUUUUCUGAACAUAUAUAAUGAAUCAUACGCGGCAUAGUAAAUCGAACCCAAUCGAACUAAAUUUCAAUCGAACUAAAUCGAACUCAAUCGAACUCAAUCGGUGGAUUGAGUUCGAUUGAGUUCGGCAAUCGAACGAAAUCGAACUCACCGAAAAGAAAAAAAAUCAAUCGAACCCAAUCGAACGUUCGAUUUUCGAACUCGUGGUUUAUGUAAAACAGACGUUGAAAAUCCAUUACCAGAUCUUAGAAGCUCGAGCUACUUCAGCCCUGAGUGUAGCGCACGUGUUUUUCGUAAACGAAGAAAUUCCGCAGAAAUGGCUUCAGAUGUGUUGUGGAUCGUAAGCUUCAAAUGUAUAGUCAAAGGCUACUAGGAAUGCCGCUUUGAUGUCAAGGAUGGCGAAGUUUUCAGGGUUUUAAAGAAAAUAGGCGAGAAAGGCCGUGCCUUAAUUCCGAAUUGCAAACGAGCGCGGACAAUUAGGUCACCUUCAACGUGAACUGGUUGCUUCCCUGUGGCCUGUAAAUGCUUCGAUAACUUGGUAAGUGAAGAUGUUUGUAAGGGAUUCGCGAAUAUAUUAAUUUGCCUCAAGCAACCCUUAUGAAAAACAGGGGAAGCAAAACUUAUGUAUACUUUUCACCUUUAGUAGGGUCUGUAGGCCACCAUUUGAUGAUCCUAAAGGUCGCUGCCAAAGAGGAGGUGGUAUCAAUGUCCCAAUUAUCCUAAAGUUUUCAACAAGGCGAGCCGAAGCAUUGAAUGUAUGCUGUCAAGGAACUCGUGAAUAAAUAGUAAAAAAAGCGCAAGAAAAACUUGCUUUGACGGGCUUGUUUUGGGCUUGCUUUGUAUAGGUUCACCAGAGCCAAUCGAACUCAAUCCAUUUAAUUGUGUUCGAUUGAGUUCGGUUUCCGAACUCAAUCGAACACAAUCAGAUGGAUUGAGUUCGAUUAAGUUCGAUUUGUUCGAUUGAAUUCGAUUUGUUCGGAAAUCGAACUCACUGAAAGUGUGGUGUUCGAUUUCGUUCGAUUGCCGAACUCCAUCGAACUCAAUCCACGGAUUGAGUUCGAUUGAGUUCGAUUGAGUUCGAUUUUCGAACGUUCGAUUUACUAUGCCGGGAUCAUAAUAGCGGAAAUUUGUCGGCGGGAGAAGAUAAAAUAGAUGGAAAAACCAUAGUAGUCUAUUACUGUGGAAUUGCAUGAUGAGUUUUCGGUACAAAAUCAAAGUAAAUUUAUUUAUCUCAUCACAAUUCUUAUUAUCAAAAGUACUAGACGAAGCGAGGCGGUAAUGGUUAAAAAAAGGAUUAGAAUCCUGCAUAGUUAGAAUUCUAACACGUCGUAUCCCUAUCUGCUCCGAAAAGUCUUGUCAUACUUGUAACCCAAAUUAGUCCGUGUACAGCCGCCCCCUCCUCUAGAAACUCCCCGACAUUUUUUUAGCGAAAGAGGCGUCUGUACACAGGCUAAACACACUGAAAUAAACUAGGCGCAAUAAAACUUAAAUAUUAUAAGAAAGGAAAGGUGAUAGCUUUUAUCAGCACCUGUUUUAACCUAAACAAAAUUCUUUUGAAAAAUCUGCUAUCUCUGAGGCUCAUAGAGAGGUUGAAAUCCCUAAACCCGUUCUCUUGCCAGACACAACAAUAAAAUGUCUGUGGAGUUUUAAUAGAAAUCAAAUCUGUUGACAUCAGAAAAUUAGAGAAGAUGUUGCAAAGUUCAGUGUAGGUUCGGAGGAGAACGGAGUGUCGAAAGAAAUUGACGGUGGCUUCAAAUUUUUUCCUGUGUGAAAGAUAAAAGCUCUAUUUCGCUCAUGACUGAAGUUUAUAGUCCUUGCAAAGGCGCGCGCGGAAUUGUUCCUUGGAGAGACUUCCUCAUGAAAGAUGCUCUUCGCCUAGGGCCGGCGUAAAUUGCAGACUUUGUUACUUAUUAGGUAAAUCAGAACAGAAAAAUAAUUUUGUUUUACUAGACUGGUCUCCUUCAGGGUUAAAAUUUCAUUUUCUACCGAUCAUUCCUGUUGCUUUCAUACGGGAGUCACCCACGCAGGAAUUGUUUUGAUUCUAAUAGAUCCUACAUUGUUUUGUAGUUUAGCGUGUUCGAUUUUCCAUUUCAGACAGGGAUGUGUCACUCUAAAAGAGGCCGAAAUGAAUCUAUAAAUCAAUCGAUUUGGAGCCAUCAAAUGUUGUACACACUAGUCGAGGGGGAGGGGUAGAAAAAACAAUAGAAAUGCGCCCCUCCCCCAGUUUCUAUUGUAAUUCUUAAUUUUUCCAUUGGCUUUGUUUAUUGCUUUGUUCACAGUUGCCGGGGAAAUUUGGAAAAUCACCCAAUUAACUACAGUUAAAAAAUUCUGACUCAAUAUAGCAAAGCUAACUGUUGACUCUCUUCUUGUUCUGUUGUCGUCGUGGUUCUUUCUUUGUACAGGUGGGGUUUUCGGUACGAACAGAUUGAAUUGCACCAGUGAAAAUGUAAGUUACCCAUCCGAGAGAAUAAUACCAAAAAUAUCAAAACAGAUAUGUAACGUUCAUCGCCGGAGUAAAAAAAAUAAAAAAAUAAAAGAUUAAGUCAUUCCGAGAAUACGUGCCCUAAACUAGAGUCUACAAAUCAUUUCAUGACCCCAAAAAAUUCUUUCAAGAAAGGUUUCGUUCCUAAGCUUCGUGAAGGUUGUAAAGCACUCAUAACCAGAAAAAGCUAAGAGCAAAUACAGCACAACUAAAAUUUUGUACAAAAAUACAGGAUCUCAGUAAUUUUUAUCUACACUUGUUCUUCCCUGAAAAAAGUUUUUGAAGGAAAAUGUUGUCUCUUAGCCUCAUAAACGUUUUGCAGCUCCAGUAGGUUAGAUAAAGCUUAUCUUUCUCCAUCCCGGCAUAAACAAUGAAUGUCAGCUUGAUAUGUAAACAGAAAUCAAUCUGUUGAUAUUAGAAAAUGAGAAGGUUGCCGAGAGGGUCAAACGAGAGCUCCAGAGUCAUUAUUUCUCAUUCAGGGCUGUUAGGAAGCACAAGUCUUUUGCUUCGUAUCAUCAGAAUCCGCGUAAACAAAUGAACCACCACAAAUCACAAGUAAGGUAAGGUAAUCUAUAUACUGGAUAGUCUAAUAUGGACAUCCAAGGUACAGCACCAAGUCAUAUGAUAAUAAGGCGACACGUUAAAUAGAAGAUUGCAUGAUAUAUAUUGUUAAAUUUGAUUUCGAUCCAAUGCAACGUCUUCAAAAGAGGGGGCUAUAUUGAGCCCCUUCUUAUUUUUUGGCACAUUCAUCACUGUGACAUCGGUGGAAUGCAAGACACAGCAUUUCCUGAGUCUUUCCUGGGUUUUAAGUCAUGCGCCAGUCAUGGUAGCAGCAACUAUUCAUUCAUUAUGUUCACAUUGCUGUUCUCAGAGAAUAGAGCACGAACCUACUGAUCUGGUCUUUGGAAGGUCACAAGUUUAAAUUUUGUCAGGGACUUGAGAUUUUGCCCAACGCUAUUGACAAGAGUUCAAUUUUCCAUUUCCUUCAUUUAUUACCAAACUUUACGCUCUUGACAAUGCUGAUCCUAGUAGUGUGCUCUUCACGAGUCUGGCUUCAGUCUAUCCGUAGCUCGUAAGAAUGCGCCGGGGAAAGAGAGCCAGCCGGUAAUUGGAAGAUAUUAGGUUCGAAUCCAGUUGGAGACUCAAGAAAUUUUCUUUGUCCUUCACUCAUGACAUGACGAAAACUACAUGACUUCCACAGACUUUCUUCACAGUAAAUUAUGUUGUUACUGGCUCGUAGAAACUUGUUAAAGUGCUUAUGUGCUGUGGAUUUUGCCCCUGAUUCGCUCGGCUAAAACCGACUUGAUACUGUGGCUUAAUUUGCAACAGCUUUGAUGUCUUCUACAAAAAUACAACCAUAAGGGAAAUUUAUCUUUAUCAGUGCAGUUCACAAUAGCUCUAGAAUUGUUUCUUUGUUGUUUUUCCUUAAAUUUGAAAUCUAACUUACUUUUCGAAUAUCUUUUUCGAUAGGGUAUACACGAUGGAAGUACUUUUCAUCUUGAUUUACAUUACCCCUCCAGUUAGUUUUUUACUGAUAAGGGAAGACAUGCGCAGAUCAUCUACUGUAAGUACCAAGGAUAAUCACGUGCUCAGAGGAUACACCAUUCACAAACAGCGGACUUAUGACCUCCUGUCAUGCGCACAAUUAUGUCUGGCACGGUCAAACUGCAUGUCUUUUAACUAUGAAAACAUCGAAAAUGGAGAUUGUGAACUAAAUAAAGAAGCAACUGAUGUGAGUAUCCACGGAGCUCUCACCACUCGAAGGGGGUAUACCUUUGGACAGUUUGUCAACUUAAGCGUGAGUAGUACUUAAUGCUAUUAUUAAAUUCAACCCUAGUUUUGGGAUUUCUGUUUUGGAUUCCCUCCAACCCCACCCCCAAGCCCCCCCACCCCACCCCCAAAAACUUAAAUUACAUAAAUGAUCCCUUAUGUAAAACACAUACACUGAUUGAAGAGGUUUUGCUUGUUUUCCGACUUUCCUGGGCACAGACCUGUCUGGUGGGGAUGAGCAAGAAUACAGCCUGGUAGCAAGCUAUGCUCCAUCUCGAUUAGUCCAACUCACUUACUUUCUCAAAUGUAGGCAAACUCUCCUGGAGUUGAAGUCCUGAGAACAAUAUCCAUGUUAAGAAGGGGAAAGAAAAUUUGGUCGUCGUUUGUUUAAUACGUCCUCCAUGAAACGUGAAAUUUGGCCCAUUUUAACGUCGUAAUCGUGCGGUGGUGGCAAAGAAAUGUACAAAAAAGCAUGAUGCAUGUGCAGAGUUGUUGGUUUGCUUAUUAAACCUAUUGCUUAAUGGUCGUCGCCGUUCUCGUUGCCGUCACCGUCGUCAGAUCUUAAGUCUCCCAGGGAAGUAACGUUCAGAAGAGAAAUAACACAAAAUUGAGCUGCAUUUUAUAUCCUUUUUAGGAGCCAAUAUUUUCAGCCGGAGGAAAACAUGAUGGUAAGAUAAGAGCAACGUAGGUGUUAAUUUACUGAGUUUGCUUCAAGACUGAGAAGAUUUGACCACCAGCCGAGUUAUUUAAUUUAUAACAUUUUUCUUUUCAGACCAUAAAUGUGUCUUUACGACACUUGGCGCCAAAAAAGAAACUGGACCGAGUGAUAUAUCUGGAUAUGUAGGAACGUCCCUGGAAGGAAAAGUUACUGUAAACAACGAAAUCCAAAUUUGGACUGUGCCCAUGACUGGAACUUACGUUAUUGAAGCAUCAGGUGGUUCUGGCGGAAAUGGUACCGACGGAACACAAUCUUAUCCGCUUCCUUGGAGACUUGGUGGCUUAGGUGCAAAGAUAAUAGGACCUUUCAAGCUUUCCCGAGGAACUCAAAUCAAAAUCCUAGUCGGACAGGAGGGUGGUGCAACUGUAAGCGUCCCUGAUAGACCAGGGGGAGGGGGUGGUGGAACGUUUGUAACCCUGUCUGAUAACACUCCACUUAUAAUUGCCGGAGGGGGAGGGGGAGGAGCAACAGCACGUAACCAAUAUACCGACGGUGACCCAAUGGGACUCAAUGUGGAGGAACAGGGGGCAGUGGGGGACAACUCUGCAAUGCUGACACGGGGAACAGUGAUUCUAGUUUAA